AUGUCCGGCUUUCCUCAGGACUCCUCCAGCCUACCGGUUCGCAACACGCCGCACAUCCGCCUCAACUCCGGCCAACAUGAUCCCUUUGCCGACUCCGAGGAUACGUACAGCCCCGGCGGCCUGUCCGCGCCGCCCUCCCGUUCCCUGACCCCGUCGCAAUCGCCUCCCGUCGGGGGUGAGGCCCUGUCUCCGGGCCUCUACAGCUCGCACGCCCCCGAAUCCUCCGAACUUCUCAUACCCCCUUCGUCUCGCAGCCACCGCAGUCGAGAUGAAUACUCAAUGCCCCAAUCUCCAGACCAAUCCGGCUUCUCUUCGCGUCGCACAAGUUGGAGCUCCGAGGCCGGCAGCCGCGACAGCCGUGGCUAUCCCUCGAAUCCCUUCGACGACUCCCGCGCCCCCUCACGCGCGGGGAGCGAUGACUACGAUGUCAAUACCCAGACUGUCUCGGAAAAGUACAACAUCAUGCCCACAGAGGGCCUGCUAUUGUUUCCCGAGGAUGUCGAGAAGGACGACUACCUGCAUAACCCGGACCCCAAUGACAAGGAUCGUGACUGCGACAUCUUCAACCGCCGUGGUAUCAUCAACGUCGGUGGCUUGUCCAUUCUGACACUCGGUAUACUGUGCUUGUUCAUCGGCUACCCGGUGAUAUCCUUUGUACAAAGCCUGGAAAAGACAACUACGACAACCUGCACAGCUGGAGACACCCUUUGUCUGGAUGUGGGUAAACGGUCCCUCCUCAAGAACCUUCGUACCGGUCUCAUCGACCCGGACACACCGGAUUCCGCCAAGACUAAGACGGCGCACGACGGCAAGGAAUGGAAGUUGGUGUUUUCCGACGAGUUCAACACGGCCGGCCGGUCCUUUUAUUCAGAUGAUGACGCGUACUUCCAGGCGGUUGACCUGUGGUACGGUGUCACCGAGGAUCUUGAAUGGUACGAUCCCGAUGCCGUUACGACAAAAGAUGGCGUGUUGGAAAUCCGGUUCGACCACUUUGAAAACCACGACCUGGACUAUCGCUCCGGGAUGGUACAAAGCUGGAACCAGCUGUGCUUUACCGGCGGCCGCCUAGAGGCCAGUAUUUCCCUACCUGGUGCCGGUAACGUCUCUGGUUUCUGGCCCGGUUUCUGGUCCAUGGGCAACCUGGGCCGUCCCGGAUACGCCGCGACGACCGAAGGCAUGUGGCCCUACAGUUACCACGACGAGUGUGACGUUGGAAUCACGCCCAACCAGAGCUCCACCGACGGGAUCAGCUGGCUGCCGGGCAUGCGCCUGCCGGCUUGCACCUGCAAUUCCACCGAACAUCCGUCGCCGGGAAAAUCCCGCAGCGCCCCGGAAAUCGAUGUCAUUGAAGCCAGCGUCAUCAGCCUGAACAAUGACGACGAUGACGUGAUUGGUGUCGUUUCCCAGAGUUUGCAGAUGGCGCCCUUUGACACCUGGUACAUGCCAAACUACGACUUUACGGCAGUUUAUGAUGACCAGAUCACCGAGAUCAACACCUACCGCGGCGGUCCGUACCAGCAGGCGAUGUCAGGCCUAACGAAUCUCAACAACAAGUGGUACAACGGCACCGAGUACCAGAUCUAUGCGUACGAAUACGCACCAGGGGCUAAGGGCAACGUGACCUGGUUCGUCGGAGAGAACCCUGUCUGGAUGAUGGAUGGGCGCGCGCUGAGCCCCAAUGGCAACCUCGGCCAGCGGCUGAUUCCGAUGGAGCCGAUGGCCAUCGUGAUGAACCUGGGCAUGAGUAGCAGUUUCGCGACGGUCGCCUCGGACAUCAAUGACUACACUCCUGGGUACAUGCGGUUCGACUACGUGCGCAUAUACCAGGACCCGGAUUCUGAGAGCGUAACCUGCGACCCGUCGGGGUAUGAGACGACCGCGUACAUUAAAAAAUACCCUGCGGCCUACGACGACUACAACUACACGACGUGGGCAGAGGCGGGAUACGACUGGCCCACCAACUCAUAUGUUGACGGGUGUUGA